AAUAACUCGUUUACAAAUAUUUAAAUAAUUAAUUUAGUUGCUAGUUUUUCCUCUCUUUUCCUCACAUUUUCUUAUCAAAUCUUAUUACUUAAACCCUCUUCCAACGGCAAUAUUUUCAUCUCAAACAAUCAUUCCUAAUAGUUUAUUCAUUACCAAUAUUUCUUAUAAUAGUUUCUUAGAUAUAGCAAACGAAAAUUCUAAUAGAUAUGGAAGGGAAACAACAAGCACAUACAUUAGAAAUCAACAUUAUUUCUGGACAAAGCAUAACUGUCGAUGGAAAUUUACAGGCAGAGGAUGCAUACGUUGUUGUUCGUGCCGAAUCUCUCAACUCUUGCACUACGAAAAUGGCGAAUGAGAAUGAGGGUAUGUUUUCAUGGAAUGAAAAAUUCAUGUUAGAUAUUCCGCCACAUGCAAGUUUAGUGACGUUUGAAGUACAAUGCAAAAAGUACAAAGGAAUUCGUCCCGUUGGGGUGGCUAGGGUAGCACUUUCUGAUCUUCUUGAUGACAAUGUUUUGUUCCAAAGUUGUGAUCAAACUUUGAGUUAUGGGUUGAGAGAUUGGGAUGGUAGGAAAAAUGGUGUUAUUAACUUUUCUGUGAGGAGGGUGACACGAGAGGAUAAUUUGUGUUUAGAAAAAGAACAGGAUAUAAUAAUGGUUAGUUCAAGUAGAUUUGAGGAUGUAGGGUUUAAGGUGCGGAUGAAAAAAAUUCAAGUCAUGUUGUCAUUGAAAUUCCAAUUUUUGUGGUCUUGUUUCUCAUAGGCUAUUCUCUUUUCUCUUUUGUUCUUUGUUGAAAGUAUAAUUUUUUGUGUAAAAAAAUAUUUUCGAUAUAGUCUAUUGUUGUCGAAAUAAAUAGUGUGCCGAAUUGUAAUAGUGUAGUGGGGUAUUCGUUACAUUUAAAUUUAUUGACUAAAUCAAAAGUAAAUCAUACAA